AUGGAGACCAGGCUGCAGCGUAAAUUGCGCGAAAUAAUUGCCGAGAUCACCGGCAACCGACCGUCGGACUAUGCCAGAUCUCUGCGGGAGGAGCACCGUGAUGGUAUGCUCCAGGGUAAUAAGGCGUACGCGAUAGACAAUGGAGGCCGUAACAUAACGCUAUUUAUUCCAUGGCGCUUGCACGGGCCCCUAGAGUCCUCGUUCCGCUCAAUGGCAGGCGGCCCUCACCUCCUGGCGUCUUCGUUUAGACAGAUGGUGGACGACGCUGCGCUCUUUCCCGGGUCACAGAACGCACGGAAGAAGGAAGACAUCAUUAAUUACAUUCUCGAGAGGGUCAUCGGCAACUUGGGCGCGAUGGAUUUCGAGCAAUUUUUGCAUGCGUUAUUCCUGCUCUCGAAGUACCGAGCGUCCGUGCUUCGUGUAACUGAACAGUGUGCAUUCAACCAUGUGAUCGCACUGUUGAUGAGGACGGGCGACAAUGUACCGCCGGAGGGCCACUACGUCCGUGUGGAUUACGGCCAACAACCGGAGGUUGAGGGGACAAACCGUGCGCCCAUUAGCCAGGAAUCAACCGAAAGUAUUGAUCCCCUAGUAGAGGCCAUGAGCAACGUCUCUCUGGAGCGACAACUGAGCAUCGCCCCGUCACUGGUGUCUAAUGAGCAGGAUGUCGCCAUCGGCCAUGAGGCAAGCCUCGCCAUUUCCGAAGACCAACAGUCAGACAACACCAUAUGCACUGAUAAUACGGUCCCGGAGGAGCCGGCGCCGGUACCGGUCCCAGUACCGACAUCUGUACCGGAACCGGUUAGCAGGGCCGAGAAGCCGGUAGCUGAGGAGAGCUCCGUCUGCCAGCCGUCGCAAAACGACCAUUUAAUCAAAAUAACGGAAGACAAAAUGAAUGAGACGUGCGAGAUUAUGAAGACAGAGAUUAUGAGUCUGCGCAACCGUAUGGACGAGUACAAAUUUCAGGAAACGCAGAAGCAGGAGCUGCUCCGCACCAUAUCGGCGCUGAAAGAUAACAACUCGCAACUGCAGGCACGCAUGGAAGAAAAUCGCGCCACGGCGGAGGAAACGAGGGUCGGACUGGAAGCUAAAGUUAACGAGCUCCAAAAUCAGCUGCCGGAGCUGCAGAGCCGUGCAGAAGAUCUGGAGAAACAACUGGAGGAGUCGAAGGCCGCACUUGACGAGGCCAACCAGAAGAUUGAUCAAGCCAAGUUCCAGCACGAACAGCACCACAGCAUACAGACCAUGCUCGCGCUUCAAGACGACUACGAGAGCAUGCUUUUCUCGGCGUUUGUGUCCUAUCGUGACGACGAGCUGUGCAACGGCGAGUUCGUCAUGUCGGAGAAUAGCUGCAUCAACUUUUGCUUGGACUUCGGGCUGGGCGACGCCCAACUGACGACCGCUGCGUCCGAGGAACCGGUGGCUAAGAUGGCGUACCGCGAGGUGUGCAAGCGAGCUCCGGACGGGAAGCUGACCUACGCGCUCUUCAAGGAGUUCCUGUUGCGCCUCGCAGAAAUCAUCGACCCCCAAUCCACGCAGAAGCGUGCCUUCCAGCUGCUUUUACUGUAA